AUGGCCGGCAACGUGAAAAAGAGCUCUGGGGCCGGGGGCGGUGGUGGCUCCGGGGGCUCGGGCUCGGGUGGCCUGAUCGGGCUCAUGAAGGACGCAUUCCAGCCGCACCACCACCACCACCACCUCAGCCCCCAUCCGCCGGGGACCGUGGACAAGAAGAUGGUGGAGAAGUGCUGGAAGCUCAUGGACAAGGUGGUGCGGUUGUGUCAGAGCCCAAAGCUGGCGCUAAAGAAUAGCCCACCUUAUAUCUUAGACCUGCUGCCAGAUACCUACCAACAUCUCCGCACUAUCUUGUCAAGAUAUGAGGGGAAGAUGGAGACACUUGGAGAAAAUGAGUAUUUUAGGGUGUUCAUGGAGAAUUUGAUGAAGAAAACUAAGCAGACCAUAAGCCUCUUCAAGGAAGGGAAAGAAAGAAUGUAUGAGGAGAAUUCUCAGCCUAGGCGAAACCUAACCAAGCUGUCCCUGAUCUUCAGCCACAUGCUGGCAGAACUGAAAGGAAUCUUUCCCAGUGGACUCUUUCAAGGAGACACAUUUCGGAUUACUAAAGCAGACGCUGCUGAAUUUUGGAGGAAAGCUUUUGAGGAAAAGACAAUAGUCCCUUGGAAGAGCUUUCGACAAGCCUUACAUGAAGUACAUCCCAUCAGUUCUGGGCUGGAAGCGAUGGCUCUGAAAUCCACUAUUGAUCUAACCUGCAAUGAUUAUAUUUCAGUGUUCGAAUUUGACAUAUUUACACGACUCUUUCAGCCCUGGUCUUCUUUGCUCAGGAACUGGAACAGUCUUGCUGUCACUCAUCCUGGUUAUAUGGCUUUCUUGACAUAUGAUGAAGUGAAAGCUCGACUCCAGAAAUUCAUUCACAAACCAGGCAGUUACAUUUUCCGGCUCAGCUGUACUCGUCUGGGUCAGUGGGCUAUUGGUUAUGUCACUGCUGAUGGGAACAUUCUGCAGACAAUCCCUCACAAUAAACCACUCUUCCAAGCGCUGAUUGAUGGCUUCAGGGAAGGCUUCUAUUUGUUUCCUGAUGGGAGAAAUCAGAAUCCUGACCUGACAGGCUUAUGUGAACCAACUCCCCAAGACCACAUCAAAGUGACCCAGGAACAAUAUGAACUAUACUGUGAGAUGGGCUCCACAUUCCAGCUGUGCAAAAUAUGUGCUGAAAAUGACAAGGAUGUAAAGAUUGAACCCUGUGGCCACCUCAUGUGCACAUCAUGUCUCACAUCCUGGCAGGAAUCAGAAGGGCAGGGCUGUCCUUUCUGCCGAUGUGAAAUAAAAGGUACAGAACCCAUCGUGGUAGAUCCAUUUGACCCUAGAGGAAGUGGCAGCCUAUUGAGACAAGGAGCAGAGGGAGCACCAUCCCCAAAUUAUGAUGAUGACGAUGAUGAACGAGCCGAUGAUUCUCUGUUCAUGAUGAAGGAAUUGGCUGGUGCCAAGGUGGAACGGCCUCCUUCUCCAUUCUCUACAGCCCCGCAAGCUUCCCUUCCCCCAGUGCCACCACGACUUGAUCUUCUACAGCAGCGAGUGUCUAUCCCUUCAAGUGUUUCUGGUCCUGGAACUGCUUCAAAGGCUACUUCUGGCUCUCUUCAUAAAGACAAACCAUUACCAAUACCUCCCACACUUCGCGAUCUUCCACCACCACCCCCUCCAGACCGGCCUUAUUCUGUUGGGGCAGAAACUCGACCUCAGAGACGCCCGCUGCCUUGUACCCCAGGCGAUUGUCCAUCCAGGGAUAAACUGCCCCCUGUCCCCUCUAGCCGCCUUGGGGAAUCAUGGCUGCCCCGGCCAAUCCCCAAAGUACCAGUAGCUUCCCCAAGUCCUAGUGACCCCUGGGCAGGAAGAGAAUUAACGAACAGACACUCACUUCCAUUUUCAUUGCCCUCACAAUUGGAACCCAGACCAGAAGUGCCCAGGCUCGGAAGCACAUUCAGUCUGGAUACCUCCGUGAAUAUGAAUAGCAGUCCAUUAGUAGGUCCAGAAUGUGAGCAUCCAAAAAUCAAACCUUCUUCAUCUGCCAAUGCCAUUUAUUCUCUUGCAUCCAGACCUCUUCCUGUGCCAAAACUGCCUCCUGGAGAGCAGUGUGAAAGUGAAGAGGACGCAGAGUAUAUGACGCCCUCCUCUAGGCCUCUGGGAUUUCAAAAGCCAGAGCCGAAAAGGCCGCUGGAGACAUCCCAGAGUUUGCGUGUGAGUGAAGGUGACCCUCAGAUUGACAGCUGUACAUAUGAAGCCAUGUAUAAUAUUCAGUCCCAGACAACAUCUGUCACAGAAAGCAGUGCCUUUGGUGAAGGGAAUUUGGCUACAGCUCAUGCCAACACUGGCCCUGAAGAAUCAGAAAAUGAAGAUGAUGGGUAUGAUGUCCCUAAGCCACCUGUGCCAGCAGUGCUGGCCCGCCGAACUCUGUCCGAUAUCUCUAAUGCCAGCUCUGCCUUUGGCUGGCUCUCUUUGGAUGGUGAUCAUACAAACCUCACUGAGGGUUCUCAAGUUCCUGAGCGGCCUCCCAAACCAUUCCCUCGGAGAAUCAACUCUGAGCGAAAAUCAGGCAGCUGUCGUCAGAGUGGUGGUGCUGCUGCCGCCGCCACCACCACCUCCACCACCUCACCGCAGCUCUCCAGUGAGAUCGAGAGCCUCAUGAGUCAGGGAUACUCCUACCAGGACAUUCAGAAAGCACUGGUCAUUGCCCACAACAACAUUGAAAUGGCCAAAAACAUCCUCCGGGAGUUUGUUUCAAUUUCUUCUCCUGCCCAUGUAGCCACCUAG